UACGGCACGAAAGGGAAGGUCCGCCUCCCUGCACUUCACAUCGCUGCACGCAACGAUGAUACUCGCACUGCUGCGGUCCUCCUGCAGAACGACCCCAACCCCGAUGUACUUAGCAAGACUGGUUUCACCCCUCUGCAUAUUGCAGCUCACUAUGAAAACAUGAGUGUAGCGCAGCUGCUACUGAACAGAGGAGCAAAUGUAAACUUCACCCCGAAGAAUGGAAUCACACCUCUUCAUAUAGCCUCCAGAAGGGGCAACGUGAUGAUGGUCAGUUUACUGCUGGACAGAGGAGCUCAGAUCGAUGCCAAAACAAAGGAUGAGCUGACUCCUCUUCACUGUGCAGCCCGGAACGGUCAUGUUCGCGUUAUUGAAAUCCUACUGGAACAUGGUGCUCCCAUCCAGGCCAAAACUAAGAACGGUCUGUCCCCAAUUCACAUGGCAGCUCAGGGGGAUCACAUGGACUGUGUCCGGCAGCUACUGCAAUACAAUGCUGAGAUCGAUGACAUCACACUGGACCAUCUAACCCCGCUUCAUGUAGCAGCCCACUGCGGUCACCAUCGCAUGGCCAAAGUCCUACUGGACAAAGGAGCCAAAGCUAAUUCUCGUGCUCUGAAUGGCUUCACACCUCUUCAUAUUGCUUGCAAGAAGAACCACAUGAGGUCAAUGGACCUGCUGUUAAAGCACUCUGCUUCCUUGGAAGCUGUCACGGAGUCUGGUCUCACUCCUCUUCAUGUAGCAUCAUUUAUGGGCCAUCUAAACAUUGUAAAGAACCUGCUCCAAAGAGGGGCUUCACCUAAUGCUUCCAAUGUGAAAGUGGAGACACCCCUCCAUAUGGCCUCUAGAGCAGGACACUGUGAAGUGGCUCAGUUCCUGCUACAGAAUGCAGCACAAGUGGAUGCAAAGGCAAAGGAUGACCAGACACCCCUACACUGUGCGGCUCGAAUGGGCCACAAAGAAUUGGUCAAGCUGCUCCUGGAGCACAAGGCUAACUCUGACUCGGCUACAACCGCAGGUCACACGCCCUUACACAUCGCUGCACGUGAAGGACAUGUCCACACCAUACGGAUAUUAUUGGAUGCGGGUGCCCAGCAGAUCAAGAUGACAAAGAAAGGUUUCACUCCUCUCCAUGUAGCUUCUAAAUAUGGAAAAGUAGAUGUAGCAGAGCUUCUUCUGGAGAGAGGCGCCAACCCAAAUGCAGCAGGAAAAAACGGUCUGACACCCCUUCAUGUGGCCGUCCAUCACAACAACCUGGAUGUUGUUAAACUCCUGGUCAGCAAGGGAGGAUCUGCACACAGCACUGCCCGAAACGGUUACACUCCUCUGCACAUAGCGGCCAAGCAGAACCAGAUGGAGGUGGCCAGUGUUCUGCUUCAGAAUGGAGCGACCCCAAAUGCAGAGUCCCUCCAAGGCAUUACGCCCUUACACCUGGCAUCACAGGAGGGGCGGCUGGAUAUGGUGGCUCUGCUUAUCUCAAAACAGGCAAACGUAAACCUAGGAAACAAGAAUGGACUGAUCCCUCUGCAUCUUGUAGCUCAGGAGGGUCAUGUGGGCAUAGCAGACACUUUGGUAAAACAGGGCGCAUCCGUCUAUGCUGCUUCACGGAUGGGCUAUACCCCCCUUCAUGUGGCCUGUCACUAUGGCAACAUCAAGAUGGUGAAGUUCCUUCUGCAGCAGCAGGCUCAUGUUAAUGCCAAAACAAGGAUGGGCUACACCCCUUUGCACCAGGCAGCUCAACAGGGGCACACUGAUAUUGUCACCUUGUUACUAAAACAUGGAGCUCUGCCUAAUGAAAUCACAUCAAAUGGAACAUCUCCCCUUGGCAUCGCUAAGCGACUGGGUUAUAUUUCUGUCAUUGAUGUGUUAAAGCUGGUUACUGAGGAGUCUGUUUCCAUGAUGACCACAGAGAAGCAUCGGAUGAGCUUUCCAGAGACAGUAGAUGAGAUUUUGGAUGUUUCCGAAGAUGAAGGAGUUUGCCAGCUAACUUUAGGAGAUGAAUUGCUCGGGCUGGAUGGAGCACGCUAUUUGAAACUUGAUGACUUCAAAGACCAGGAUGAUGACUUUCUCUCCCCAAAGAAAACCCUCCGAGAUUUUGAGGGUGGCACGGGCACUACGCCAUACUCUCCUGCUAUUCCCAGGAUUCCCUGUGUGUCACCGGAGACAGUGCAGCUCGACCAGCACACGCCCAUCCCUUUACCAAAAGAGUAUGAUGAGGAUUCCCUUAUCCCAAGCAGUCCAGCUACAGAGACCUCAGACAAUGUCAGCCCUGUGGCCAGCCCCAUUCACACAGGGUUCCUGGUGAGUUUUAUGGUGGAUGCGCGUGGAGGAUCCAUGCGAGGAAGCAGACACCAUGGCUUGCGGGUGAUCAUCCCUCCCCGCACCUGCGCCGCACCGACACGCAUCACUUGCCGUCUUGUGAAACCCCAGAAACUGACAACGCCUCCUCCACUAGUGGAGGGGGAGGGCUUGGCUAGUCGGAUCAUCUCUCUGGGCCCUUCCAGUAUGCAGUUUCUGGGGCCUGUGAUAGUGGAAAUCCCCCACUUUGCCUCAUUGGCCCGAGGAGACCGGGAGCUUGUGGUCCUCCGAAGUGAAAAUGGUUCAGUCUGGAAGGAACAUCGCAAUCGCUAUGGAGAUGAAGUGCUGGAAACUAUUUUGAAUGGCAUGGAUGAAGACUUGGAGAGUCAAGAGGAGCUGGAGAAAAAGAGGAUUCGGCGAAUCAUCUCCACCGACUUCCCCCUUUACUUUGCGGUAGUCUCUCGCAUUCAGCAGGAAAGUGAUCUUAUCGGCCCCGAGGGCGGCCGCCUCACCAGUAAGCUGGUGCCCCAUGUGGAGGCCAUCUUUCCUGAGACUGCCGUCACCAAGAGAGUGAGGCUAGGAUUGCAGGCACAGCCAAUCCCUGAUGAACUGCUAACUAGGCAGCUUGGGAAUCAGGCAACCUUCAGCCCCGUGGUUACCAUCGAGCCACGGCGGCGGAAAUUUCACCGUCCGAUUGGACUGCGCAUUCCUUUACCACCGUCCUGGAGGGAAAGUCCACGAGAUGCAGGCGAGGGAGACACCACCAGCCUGCGUCUCCUCUGCAGUGUUAUAGGUGGAACAGCUCCAGCUCAGUGGGAGGACAUUACUGGAACCACCAAACUGAUGUACGCAAAUAACUGUGCCAGUUUUACCACCAACGUGUCUGCAAGAUUCUGGCUAGCAGACUGUCCACGUACAGCAGAGGCAGUGACCUUUGCCAAUUUGCUGUACAAAGAGCUCAUGGCUGUCCCAUAUAUGGCAAAGUUUGUUAUCUUUGCAAAGAUGAACGAAGUGCGAGAAGGCAGAUUGCGUUGCUACUGCAUGACAGAUGACAAGAUGGACAAGACUCUGGAACUGCAUGAAAACUUCACAGAAGUGGCUCGCAGUCGAGAUAUUGAGCUUAUGGAGGGCAUACCGCUGCACUUGGAGUGUUCUGGGAAUUUAGUGCCCAUUCGGAAGGCCACUCAGCAGCCUCGUAGCUUCAGCUUCCAGGCCUUCAGAGAUAACAGACUGCCUGUUUCUGUCAAGGUCAGGGAUAGCAACAAGGAAGCCACCGGGUUUCUUUCUUUUCUGAGGAAAUGCACAAAGUACGAGGAUUCGCAACAUGUCCUGUGUAACCUUAAUAUAACUAUGCCACCUUGCGUCAAGGUUGCUGGGAGCGAGGAACGCAGGCGAACUUUAACCCCUCUUGCCCUAAGAGAGCGCUACAGUGCGCUGAAUGAGCCCGGUGUAGCUUCAGUGAAUGCCAUGGAGAGGACUGAGAUCAAAAUCAACAUUAUAUCUGAUCAGCUGGGUUUGAGCUGGGCAGAGCUGGCACGAGAGCUUCAGUUUAGUGUUGAUGACAUCAACAGGAUCCGUGUAGAAAAUCCAAACUCCCUGUUGGACCAGAGCUCCGCCCUGCUCAACCUGUGGCUCAGCAGAGAGGGAAAAAGGGCCAAAAUGGAGAGCCUGUACACUGCUCUAAAGAACAUUGACCGAGCAGACAUGGUAUCUUCUCUAGAGGGUCAGGCCCCACAGCAGGGGCCUGGGUCUUCAGAAGAGGGUGCCUGUCGUCUGGUUGACAGAGACUCUACAUUGCUGUCCCCCCGUGUCAUUAAUGAGAUCACGGACACAAGGCCAUCACGCCUAGUGCACAAGCCCAGAGUUAUUAGACCCCCGUUUUUCAGAAGGGGUUAUGGGCUGGUGCAGGAGGAGCUUGUGUCCCCGGCCUCUAUGCAGUACAGCUUGCACUCUCCAUUGGGUGUGGAGCCAUACUGGCAGGAAGUUUCAAGCCUGGAGUGUGCGCCCAUUGCCACCACGGAGGAAGACACAUUAAUGGAGAUGUCGGAUGUUCAGGUGUGGCCAGCAGGGGUCAGCCCCUCACUGGUCACAAUUGAGGACUCGUCACUAGAUGGUAGCAGUCGAGCAGAUGACUCAGAGGGCGCCACGCUCUCUUUACCGUGCAGCUUGGGACGCCCAAGCAGUGGAGCCAGUGGGGCCAGCGGUUCCAUCAUGGAGCUGGAGGAGGAGGAGGAGGAGGAGGGGGGGGGUGAGGUUGAGGAGGAGGAGGUGCCACAAGAGCCAACAAGUGCACUGGCAGAAUGGGACAGGUUGAGGGCCAGUGGCGCUGUUCCCAAGGUCAAUCUGAACGGGCAACUGGGAGGUCAGAGGUCAGACGCAAGGAGAGGGGAUGGUGUGGCAAUGGGAGGAGGAACUAAAGGAGGAGCUGGUGGUGCAGGGCUUGGUUUAGUGGAAGGCAUUUCUCUUGUUGCAGGCCAACGGGUGUAUGCCCAGCAUGGUGAGCCAACUGGGCUGAGUCAGCCACCAGAACACAACGGGGACAACCGGAUGGUGGGAGGAGGAGCAUUUCAGCCAUAUUUACCAGACAAGGACUCCCUGCAAGGCUGGGUGGGCUCGGUAUCAUCAGGACAUGACGGAAGCGUGCCAGGCUUACACGCAGCCCAGCAGGCCCUACUGACUCUGAAAGAACAGAAGGAUGAGUAUUCGGCUGAAGCAAAAUUUGUUGAAGAACGUGAAAUUGCGCUCUCUAGAAAAGUGGGGGUGGAUGUAAGAAAGGGUGCUCAGUCAUUGCAGCGCACCAGUCUACGGAGAGUUAAACACUGAAAUUCACAUACUGCCCGGUCCUUCAGGACCGGAAACCCACAGCCAAAACACCCAGCACAAAAACACGACCAGACCGAAGAGGGAAAUGAAUAACAAGAAGAAGGAGAGCAGAGGAAUCUAGAAAAUACGCACAGACAACCAGAAACAUCCUCAACCUGUGAUCACGAAGCACCACAAAACAUAAGACGUCAAGAACAUAAAGAGGAAUUGAACUUGUAGUUUUAUAUCAUUUGUAAAGAAAAAUAUAACUAAACAGAGGCAUGAUGAUUCAUUUUUAUACAAAAAAGUCUAUAAAUGUUCGUAAAACAACUAUGAAAAAAAAAAGCAACAAAGUGCUUCCUGUGAACUGUAAUUGCAUGAUAACUGCUGGUGCAUGCCCUUUGACCUUUUGAACUGUCAUUAUCUACAAACUGAAGGAGUAAAAACUAAAGGUACAAAGGCCGGCCCGGGCAUGGAUCACAGGCCUUUUUAAAGGACCUCAUGCCACGUAACUGGAGCGGUUUGUGCAAGCUGAGUCCAAUGACACUGCAGCCAAAAAAAAACAAGCCCGUCAAAGGAUGGCUGUGUAUGCAGCAAAGCCUCUGCUGAGCCUACCAAUGCUUCUGUCACCGGACCCUUUUUCCUCUUAUUCUUAAUGUGAUAUAUGCACUCUAUGCUCUGUGGACAUGUGCGUGCGUGUGUGUGUUUAAAUUGCUCUGCGGCAUGUGUUUCCUUGCUUCAAGCUCAGCAUUGAGCCUCGCCUCCCAAUUGGCUUGUUUUCUCUGUGAUGUCACACCGUGCUCGACCUCUGUUAAGGGAAAGGCGCUGGCUCUUUCCUGCUUGUGAGUUUCUGUCUGCGUGUGUCAAUGUUUUUAUUUAGAUUUAUUCUUAGACAAACUCGCUUCCCUUUUGGUACCUGUCUGCUUUGGUUCUUCACUUUUACUUCGGUAGAGAACUGAAUCUCUUUAAUUCCCUCGUGUUUUCAGGGGUAAUAUGUUUUAAAGACAUCGGAAUGUUUUCCUUGGAAUAGAGUUGGUUGCUUGACGGCAUUGCACAGCAGCUCUACGAUGAAUAUCAUGACGUUUUCCUUCCUUAUUUGCUUUUUUGUCAUUUCCUAAUUUUUCUCUGUAGCAUAUCUCAUUUUGAGCCAACAUAUUUAUUAGUAGCCCUCGCCUAUAUGCAGUAAAAAUCACAGGUCUCUUCUAUCCAUCUAAAAUGUUUGUGCUCCAUCUUUUUUUAUCUAUUUGGGUCAGCUACAGCACCUCACUGUCAAAUUUGUAUUUAUCCAUUCAACACAAAAGAAAUAGAAUGAAGAAAACGUGGAGCAUUUGGCUUAUAAGGGGAUUUUUGGAGAAUUCAUGAGUAAUGUUGUAAAUGUAAAGCGUGGACAGAGAGGUAGCACUGUGACUGUCCAGUUAUCACUGACCCCAGACUCGUGAACUUUCUGUACAUGUGACUUACAAAAGUAUUAAUAUCCUGUGAACUCCCUCACAUUGUUUCUUGUUAGAACAACUCAUUUGAAUGUAUUUUAUUGGAAUUUUAUGUGGAACUAUGGUGAAGCACAAACUAUUGCAUAAUUGUGAAGUAGAAGAAAACGUUUAUGUGGUCAAAACGUUUUUUUACAAAUAAAAAUCUGAAAGGUG